AUGUCUGCUGAGUUUGUAUUACCCUGUUCCGGUCUGUACCAGACCAUCGCCAUGUUCAUCGUGGCCUACAUCAUCAUCGGCAGGACCGUGCUGUCAGUGUGCGCCAUCUCCACCAAUGGGGCGCUUGAUGCAGGCGGCGCCUACUACAUGAUCAGCCACGCGCUGGGGCCGGAGUUCGGGGGCAGCAUCGGGAUCAUGUUCUUCCUGACCAACGUGUGUGGGAGCGCCCUCUUCAUGCUGGGGCUGGUGGAGUCCAUCAUGGACACCUUUGGGGUCCCGCAAGGAGUCCUUGGAACAGACCUGCACUCGUCUGUCACAGGAGUCCUUGGAACAGACCUGCACUCGUCUGUCACAGGAGUCCUUGGAACAGACCUGCACUCGUCUGUCACAGGAGUCCUUGAAACAGACCUGCACUCGUCUGUCACAGGAGUCCUUGGAACAGACCUGCACUCGUCUGUCACAGGAGUCCUUGAAACAGACCUGCACUCGUCUGUCACAGGAGUCCUUGAAACAGACCUGCACUCGUCUGUCACAGGAGUCCUUGAAACAGACCUGCACUCGUCUGUCACAGGAGUCCUUGAAACAGACCUGCACUCGUCUGUCACAGGAGUCCUUGAAACAGACCUGCACUCGUCUGUCACAGGAGUCCUUGGAACAGACCUGCACUCGUCUGUCACAGGAGUCCUUGAAACAGACCUGCACUCGCUCCUGCUGCAGCGAGACUACAGCUUCCUGCGGGACAUCAAUGUCUGGCACCCCUUUGUCACCAUCGGGGUCUACUCCUCCACCCUCUCCGCAGCCAUGAGCAACCUGAUCGGGGCGUCCCGCAUCCUGUACGCGAUGGCCAGGGACGACCUGUUCGGAAAGGUGCUGGCUCCAGCCAAGAUGAUGUCCUGCAGUGGCAAUCUGUGGGCUGUCGUGCUCAUCUCCUGGUUUCUAGUUCAGCUGGUGCUGUUCUCAGGGAAGCUCAACACCAUCGCGGGGAUCGUCGCCAUCUUCUUCAUGCUGGUGUACGCAGCCAUGGACCUGGCCUGCCUGGCGCUGGAGUGGGCCUCCGCACCUAACUUCAGGCCCACGUUCCGCUACUUUACCUGGCACACCUGUGUGCUGGGGAUUGUGGGCUGCAGCAUCAUGAUGUUCCUCAUUAACCCUAUCUACGCCUCGGCCAGCAUCGCCUUCAUGCUGUUCCUGCUCGUCAUCAUCCACUACCUGUCUCCCACCAGCAGCUGGGGCUACAUCAGCCAGGCCCUCAUCUUCCACCAGGCGGUGAUAGAAAACACGCUGCCGUCGGACCCGCUGCAGUCCCGCUACGACUCCUGGCUCACCCUCAUCGACAAGCUGAACAUCAAGGCAUUCGUCAACCUCACCCUGGCUGACACCAUCCGGCACGGGGUGCAGCAGCUGCUCUUCAUCUCGGGCCUGGUAACGGCCCCCGAGGAGAAGCUCCAGCAGCUGCUCCGCGAGCUGCGCAUCAAGGCAGACAUCCACACCGUGGCCUGGGACUCCGUGGUGGCCCUGCACUGGCACAAACAGGCAGGAAGGAAGCCAGAGGAGGAGCUGGAGCUGGAGGAGGAGGACUUUGAGAACAGCUUCCCCAGCAACGCCACCCGCAUCUCCGAUGAUUACCUGCAGGCCAUCAACAGGAUGAUCCUGCAGCAGGCCUCGGAGCUGGCCGUGCGCUUCCUGUACCUGCCUCGACCCCCCGCGGACACCAGCCUGUACCACACCUACCUGCGCCACCUGGACAUCAUGACCAAAGACCUGGGACCCACUCUGCUCAUCCACGGAGUGACUCCCAUCACCAGCACUCACCUCUGA